GCCAGAUGAAGCACUGAAACAACAAGAGGAAAAGGAAGAGCAUCAGAAGAUGCUCCUGGAUGAAAAAACAAUUCAUCAGGUUGAUUCUGGUUUGCCUGGAGGAAGUGAGAAGGCAACCAAGAGCAAACUAAUGGCAGAGGAGGGUAGCCAUCCUGCAGGAUGCCCGAUUUUUCCCCCUUGGUAGGUAUAAACAACACCCACAUGGCCUCUGCUUGGUGAAGAUCACACAGAAGAAAUGGCUUUCUUCUCCUAGAGGAAGAAUUUUCAUCUGGAUUAUUUACUGGAACCUCCUUCUGUUACCUGUUUGGAGCGCUGAGGGGCCGAUGGGAUGGCCAGCCUCCAGACCGACAUGGAAAUGCUCUAUCCCGAGACAGUUGUACACGUGGGCAGGGUGACUUUUGGAGAAGAGAACAGGAAGAAGAUGACCAAUGGCUAUCUGAAAAGAACUGAGAAUAAGAAAAUCAUCCAGGCCACGUGUGCCCUGUUAAAUUCUGGAGGGGGUAUGAUCAAAGCGGAGAUUGAUGAUAAAACCUACAGUUACCAAUGCCACGGGCUGGGACAGGAUCUGGAAACUUCUUUCCAAAAGCUCCUUCCUUCCGGUUCACAAAAAUACCUUGACUAUAUGCAACAGGGGCACAAUCUCUUGAUUUUUGUGAAGUCCUGGAGCCCAGAUGUUUUCAGCCUCCCCCUCCGGAUUUGCAGCUUACGCUCCAAUCUCUACCAGAGAGCUGUGACCUCCACAGUCAACCUGAAUGCGGGCAGUUCCCUGGAGCUCCUCAGAGAGAAGCAGUCUAGAGCUCAAAGAGGGAAACCACGGGUGAAGGAGCUCAGUUCUCAGAAAGUUCCCGACAGAGACAUUCAGGAAGAGGAAGACAUGAGGACAUCUGCCUCAGAGUUGUUUCAAAAGGACAAACUCAUGUACAAGGAGAAACUCAAUUUUACUGAGUCAACCCAUGUGGAGUUUAAAAGGUUCACCACCAAAAAGAUCAUUCCCCGGAUUAAAGAAAUGCUGCCUCAUUAUGUUUCUGCAUUUGCCAACACCCUCGGGGGAUACCUCAUUUUUGGGGUAGAUGAUAAGAGCAAAGAAGUAUUUGGAUGUAAGAAAGAAAAAGUGAACCCUGACUUACUAAAAAAAGAAAUAGAGAACUGUGUAGAAAAGUUGCCAACGUUCCACUUCUGCCGUGAGAAGCCACAGGUGCAUUUCACUACCAAAAUCUUGAAUGUGUACCAGAAAGACGUCCUGUACGGCUACGUCUGUGCGAUUCAAAUAGAGCCCUUCUGCUGCGUUGUAUUCUCAGAGACCCCGGAUUGCUGGAUCAUGAAGGAUAAUUCUGUCACAAGGCUGACGGUGGAGCACUGGGUGGCCAUGAUGCUGGCUGUUCAGUCAGAAACUGCCAGUUUGACCACUGACUCCAGCUUUCCCCUGUGCGCCCCAGUUCCAACAGCACUGGGAAGUCCAUCAUCUCCCAUGAAAGUCCUAGAAUUUAAGAGACCUCUACAACAACGUCUGUUUCCAGUGACACGGGAAGAGAUACAGUUUAAACCAGAAUCCCUCUGUAAGAAGCUCUUCUCAGAUCAUAAAGGACUCAAGGAAUUAAUGAAGACAGAGAUAUAUCCUUGUUCUCAAGGGAUUGUGGUAUUUUCUAGAAGCUGGGCUAGUGAUGUUGGCCUAAGGAAGGAGCAGGAUGUCCUGUGUGAUGCUCUCCUAAUAGCAGUGAACAGUUCACUGACACUCUAUACGAUCGUAAUAAACCCUGGUUGGAAUGGAGGGCUUGAGUAUGCUCGAAAUACUGCUCAUCAGUUAAAGCAGAAACUGGGAACUGUCGGUGGUUACACAGGGAAAGUGUGUGUUAUCCCGAGGCUGCUGUACCUGUCCAGCACACAGCAUGGCCCUGAUGAAAUCCCUGUGCACUAUCCCACAUCCUACAGGCUUGCCACCAAGGAUGACAUGGAAGACUUGUUGCAGGCCCUUAUCGUAGUCUCACUGUGUUCUAGAUCCCUUCUGAGUGACCAGCUGGGCUGUGAAUUUUUCAGCUUGCUCAUAGAAGAGCAGUGUGAGUGGCUUUCAGAAAGCCUUCAGGAGACACGAGAAUUGUUCAUCCACUGCUUUCCAGGAGCCAGGAAGACAGCCCUGGCCAUAAAGAUCAUGGAGAAAAUUAAGGAUUUGUUCCAGUGCAAACCUAAAGAGAUCCUUUAUGUUUGCGAAAGUGACUCCUUAAAGGAUUAUGUGACCCAACAAACCACCUGCCAUGCUGUGACCCGGAAGACCUUCUUACAGGGGGAGUUCCUAAAGAUUAAACACAUAGUGAUGGAUGAGACUGAGAAUUUCUGCAGCAAAUAUGGAGACUGGUACCUGAAGGCCAGGAGCAUCACCCAUCCAAAGUUUCCUCGAAAAACAAUCACCAACGGAAUUCACUGUGCUCUCGAAAUAGCAAUGGUCAUGAAGGAAGAAAUGAAGAGAAUCAAAGCCAAUCCGCCCUCCGGCAUGUCCCCAGACACACUGUCAUUGUUCAGGGAAGCUGCCUACGAGGAAGCAGCACGUGCCCAGGCUCUGCCUGGGGUGUGUGAGACAGAGGCUAACCUGACUAUGGAACAGAUUGUGAAGCGGGUGGCAGAAAGGUGUCACGACCUGUUCCAGUGUGGCUAUCGGCACAAAGACAUUGCGAUUCUGUGCAGGAAAGGGGAGGACAGAGGACGCUAUGAGCCCGCACUGCUGAAAGCAAUGGAAUUAUUUGAAACCCGUGGAGCAACCAAGGUUGUGUUCAGCCAGGCCUCCGGGGUUUGGGGCAGUCACAUCAUUUUAGACAGUAUUCAGCAGUUUUCAGGCCUGGAGAGGAAUAUUAUAUUUGGGCUUAGUCCAGAAUGCGCCCUGUCAGAAGAAGCUCAUAAGCUCUGCUUUGCCUCACGAGCCAUUAAACACCUCUACCUGCUCUAUGAAAAGAGGACCGCUUUCUGAAAAUUAUUUUCACAAUACAGGCAGCCAGAAAGAGCAGAGUCCCUUCUCCCAGGCAGGUGGCAGCAAAUCCUUCUCACGUAUUAUCAGUGAGGAAAUUGAGGCACAGUAAGUAUGGCAUGGAGCCACAGAAAUGUCUCUAGGGAUUGACCCUUCCCCUCUAUGUGCUGUCAUUGUCCUCUUCCCCGUCCACAUCACCUCCUGCCUGUACAGUCAUAGCAGACUGUUGAUUGGUCCCUUGCCUCUGGUUUUCCUAGUCUGGUCCAUCUUUCAGGGACCAGAGGUUGUCCUAAAUAGAGAACAGAGUGUGUGACAUCCCCUGCCAAUGUAUCUGCAGUGAGUCCCUGAAGUCUUUAAGCCAAACCAAUUUCCAGGUCUUUCCAUGCUGUACCCUGACUUACUCUCUUAAUGUAGCCUUUGUUCUAUGUCCUCUCCCAAUAUGUCUAAGGCACCCCAGCCUCGCUGGCCUAUGUUGGGAGUGGGAGGUAGGAUGCCCUCCAGGCUACUAACUUUGACUCUCAAGGGCAACACCUU